AAGACAGAAGAAGACAUAUGAGGAAGUUUUGCCGCGUUUCUUUGUUUUGGAUCUUCAUGCUCAGUUUUUUUUUGACGUUUCGAUACUUCAGAAACCUUUUAUUUCGCUUACGAAUAACGAGCUAAAUGCAAUUGUAUGAUUCUGUGUUGAUUGAACGCAUUUGAGCUAAUUUAGUAUACAGCGUCUCUGUCGACUAGCUACUGUAGCUAGUUAACGUUAGCUAGCAACACACAGGAGCCUUUCUUGACGUCAGUGCGCUAAGGCUUGCUCAUAUCAUGGAUGGUGAUCAAACCCAGCCAGCCACUCUCCUUUACCGAACCCAAAUCUGAGGGUCCUGAUUGUAAGAGUGAAGCCCAGAGUGAACAGCAGGCUCCAGAGAUGGCAUCGGUGAAGCAGGAAGACUGCAGUCAAACACUGGGACUGAAUGUCAACAUUAAAGAUGAAGUAAAGGAGGAAGAGAUUGAAACAUUUGUGUUUCAUGGGCCGGCUGGAGAGCUCAAAGAAAAGACGGAAGAACACAAAGUCUUACUACUCAAAGAUAAAGGAAAAAGAAAACCGAAAGGAAUGGAGAAGGAAACUGAAAAAAAGAGGCAUCGAUUCACCCCCGGAGAUGAGGAUCUUAUUAUUUCAGGGGUACUUGGGCACUGGGAGGACCUCUUCGGUGCCCAGGCUCACAUUCGCCCGCGGGGGUCGAAGACGGUAACCUGGAACACCAUCGCUAGGACCUUGACCUCGGCUGUGGCGAGAUGUGGUGACGAUGUCCGGAAGAAGUUCAAUCUCAUAAGGAGCCAAGUCAAGCAAAAGGUUUCUUCUAUCCGGACGUUGUCCACCCAGACUGGUGGGGGGGUCAACACCGUGCCGGUGCUGACUGACCUGGAGCAGCAACUUUUCUCCCGAAUGGCAGAGACCGAAGCUGGUGUAGGGCCUGUUGAUUUGGGAUUUGGUCUCUCUCUGGGAGAAAUGUCCAGCUCUGGUCCCCCACCAGCAGCAGAGGGAACUGUGGAGUCAGCUUUACCCUCUGUCACCAUGGAGGAGCUACCCUCCACCUCACCAUCAACACCUUGGCCAGCACCAACAGUGCCACCCCAACCCAUCACCUCCCGUCCUGCACCAGCUCACUCAAUCCACUCUCAAUCAAUGAAUCAAAUGUAUUUUAUAAAGCCCUUUUUACAUCAGCAGAUGUCACAAAGUGCUUUACAGAUACCCAGCCUAAAACCCCAAAUAACAAGCAAUGCAGAUGCACUCUCUGGCACUGCACCCCAACCCAUCACCUCCUGUCCUGCACCAGCUCACUCCAUCCACUCUGGCUUUUCUCCCCAACCCAUCACCUCCUGUCCUGCACCAGCUCACUCCAUCCACUCUGGCUUUUCUCCCCAACCCAUCACCUCCUGUCCUGCACCAGCUCACUCCAUCCACUCUGGCUCUAUACCCCAACCCAUCACGUCUGGCUGGACACCACAGGGCCCCCAAGCCAAUCUGCUCCAACAAAUCCUGGACACACAAACACAACAAAUCCAUGUUACACAGACCGCCCAACACAUCCACCAAGCUCUUUAUGAUUUACUAGAAAAAGCACAUGAAACACAGAAGGCACACCUGGAUGUGGAGAAGAACCGGCUCCAGCUGGAUGGAGAGCGCUUGAGGGUGGAGACAGAGCGCCUGCAGGUGGAGAGGGAGCGCCUCCAGCUGGAGAAGGAUCGCCUGGGGGAAGGGGAGGUGCUUCGGCAGCUCUCUGUCUCCGGGUCAGUCGCCCUAGAACACCAGACGCCUGUGAGUUCAAGAACAGGCAGUGCCUCCCCCACCCUUCCUCUGGGAACACCAUCAGCCUCCAUGUCCAGUCCCCUCACAUUAAUAUCACCUACUGCACCACACUUUGACUUCUUAUUUUCCCCUUUCCCAUUACCGGUAAUCACAACCCAUUCCACCCAGCCAUCACAAACCAGCCCUGCCUACACCUCUCCUACCUUAACCAGCCCUGCCCCAACCUCCCCCACCUUAACCAGCCCUGCCCCAACCUCUCCUACCUUAACCGUUUCUGCCCACUCUCUCAUCCCUCCAAUCUCCGGAUCUGUUAAACGGCGAGUUCAGGAGACAGUCCGGCCUUGGCCUGCACCCACUGCUAAGAAUAAAAAACAUCAAUAAACAAAAUGUA